CCUCGAGUUGAGAGGUGUGCUGCUGCUGCUGAGGGGACAGGCGGACAGCUGUGCGUCAGGGGCCAGCGCCUGUUCCAAGAAGCCCUGGGACGUCUGAGGGGGAGAAAGUUCACCGCUUGGAGAAAGAAAGAACGCACAAUGGCGGGCAAAGGGAGUGCGUGUGCGUCCGGACAGAGCCAGCUCCAGGACCCCUGGGAGUCGGACUCCGAGCCGGACGGGGAGCCCGCCCGGGCGGCUGCGGGCGCCGGGCCCUGCGCCGGGCCCCGCACGCAGGUGAUCCACAGCGGCCACUUCAUGGUGUCGUCGCCGCACCGCGACUCGGAGGCGCGCAGGAGGAGGAGCGGCGGGUCGCUGCGCUACGACUUCGACACGGUGAACCGGACGUGGUGCCACACGUACCGCUACGGGCCGCUCAGCGCCGGCAGCCUGAGCAUCGACCCGACCCUGACCCGCCUGUUCGAGUGCAUGUCCCUGGCCUACAGCGGUAAGAUAGUUUCACCGAAGUGGAAGUCCUUUAAGGGCCUGCGGCUGCUGUGGAGGGAUAAGAUCCGCCUGAACAACGCCAUCUGGAGGGCCUGGUUCAUUCAGUAUGUGGAGAGGAGGAAGAACUCUGUGUGUGGCUUCGUCACCCCACUGGAGGGCUCGGAGGCCGAUGCCCAUCGGAAGCCUGAAGCGAUCGUAUUGGAGGGCAGCUACUGGAAGAGGAGGAUUGAGGUGGUGAUCAAGGAGUAUCACAAGUGGAGGAUUUACUAUAAGAAGAGGCUUCAGAAAAAGAAGGAUGAUAUUCUGUCAAUGCUGCACGAGGGUCAGUUCUGCCAGGCCAAGCUGGAGAAAUGGUCCAAUCAGAUGUACCAGGAGCCGGAGGCCGCCCCGGUGGAGACCCACAUGUUUGACCUGGACUUCCUGCUGUCCGACAUCUCCGACACCCUGUUCACCAUGACGCAAAAGCCGUGUCCCUGGGCCAGCGACCGAUACAGCACCUACAUGAGCAAUGCUGAUAUAAUCCAGCCAGGUCUGACUCCGCUGCAGCCCAACCUGGAUGAUUUCAUGGAUAUAACAGAUGUCUUCAUGACCUACAGGGGCCAGCCCGUUGAGCAGACUGGUUUUGCUGACUGUGGGUAUUUUCAGAGCUCGUCCAGCACGGCGUUCGCCCCCGUUCCCUCCCCUGUAGUGACAGCUCCUCAGCUGCUUAUCGACAGCCAGCUGGACCAGCCCAAUCUGUCAUCAAGCAGUUCACCUCAGCCGUCCUCAUCCAAUACCCGGCCAGGCCAGGCCAGGCCAGGCCCGGACUGCAGGGAAUACAGCGCGUCCAGCGUCGGAUCAGAGGCCAUGCCGUACGGACAUCAGCUGUACCCAAACGCACCGGUUUCUAUAGCAUUCACCACGAGCAUCGAGGAGCCCGUCUCUGCAAGUAUUCCCUUUUUGCAUCCGCCGCCGUGCCACAAGUUUGGUUACUACACAACAACCAGCGUGACCUCCUCUGUCAUCACCCACACCGCCUCCACCGCGGGGGCCCAGGGCUCUGUGCACCAGGGUCACGGCUUCCCACCAAUGGUGGACACAUACGCCCAGUCUCCCUGCCACUCUCUCAGCUACCCUGCCGCCAUGUCCGACCAGGUCCAGGCAAUGCCGCCCUCUGUCACGGCCGCCCACUGCUUCUCAGUCCCGGGGCAGGUGGCUGUCACAGGGGCCAGAGGGAAGCACAAGAAAAAGACGGGAGGAGCCAGGACAGUUAGUGCCUCUUCAGCUCCGCCUGCCUCCCAGUUCACUACACCGACGCCCACUAGCUGCCUGGCUAAACUGCUCUCCUCCGGCGCCCGGGAACGUAAGCCAAUGCUGGGUUUGGAUACUACUCUAGUGACAGCCAAAGGUCAGAGGUCAUCAUCGCCCUGCUCUGCGCAGUCGAGCAGCAGCACACAUGUCGGAGGAACUUCAUCGCAGCUGCAGCACGGGGCCGGCUGGCCUGCGGGGAUGUCAGCCUCGACACCUCUGCGCAGCCAGGGCGCCACCCUGGGUCACAGCAGACCCCACGCGAGCACCUCCGGGGGCCUGGGGGUGUCUGCCCUGCUCACCCACGGCUCCACACACACCGGCACAACCCUCCUCGUUCCCAAGACUGAGAAACUAUCUCCGGUGCAGCUUUACGGCACAGACAGGAGCAGCUUAUCCGUUAAUUUUUCAGAACACCCAGGCCGAACUUCACCACAAAACCCUUUGGACAAAGCCUCCAACCCCGAGUCCCCACAGUCAGGCUUCCAUUGCCAUGGAAAGAUAGAGUCAAGUAAGCAAACCGAGACCAGGAGGAUAACUCACAUCUCAGCCGAGCAGAAGAGGCGCUUCAACAUCAAACUGGGAUUUGACACUUUACAUAACCUCGUGACAACGCUCAGCUCCCAGCCAAGCAUAAAGAUCAGCAAGGCCACCACACUGCAGAAGACGGCUGAGUACAUCGGCAAGAUGCAGCAGGAGCGAGCGCAGCUGCACGAGGAGGCUCAGAGACUCCGAGAGGAAAUCCAGCUCCUCAACUCUGCCAUCAAUGCGUGUCAGCUGCAGCUCCCAGCCACCGGUGUGCCCAUCACACGACAGCGCUUUGACCACAUGAGGCAGAAGUUCAGGGAGUACGUCCGGGCGCAGACCCUGCGAAACUGGAAGUUCUGGAUCUUCAGCAUCAUCAUCGAGCCGCUGUUUGAGUCCUAUAAUGGAAUGGUGUCCACUGCCAGCGUGGAGGACCUGUGUCGAUCCACUCUGUCCUGGCUGGACCAGCACUGUUCCCUGCCUGCCCUAAGACCAAUGGUUCUGAGUUCACUCCGUCUCCUGAGUACCACUACUGCCAUCCUGACAGACCCCAGCCUGCUGCCCGAGCAGGCCACCCUCGCUGUCACCCAGGGCGACACCGCUGCUGCCCCCGAUACCUCCCUACAGCUAACCACUUGGGACAAUGUACACCCCAUGUGACCCUGAAGAACAGAUUCAGUGGAACUUAAACUGGAACCCACCACGGUGCACAGGAGACGGAGACUCAGAGGGCAACCUGUAACGACUGAAGAAAGACCCAACACUCAAGACCUGAGACUGUAUAAUUAUCAUAUUCCAAUAAAACUCACCAGCUGCAAAAGGAGUGUAUUUCAGUACACCUUAAAAAAAAGUAAUAGGGAUUGUAUAUGGUAUAUGCUUAAAUACUGAUUAAGGUAUAAAAUAGUUGUAAUAUGCACUUGUGAUUAUUUCUCAGCCUCAACAUAAUGUUCGACGGCAAAGCAGUAGUUCAGAUGAGUGGGAAGAGAUGCUGUUUACUGUGACUGUGAUGAAUGACUGCAAUGACUGCAUUUAUGAUCAAUUAUGUUGACAUCUCUGGGUUAUCUUUUCUGUUUAUUACUUCCUUUCCUCAAAGCAUUUUAACUCAUAUUUAUCUUACGCUGUAUUGGACACCAGGCACCAGUGCAAGUAUUAGGAAAACGAAUAGUGCUAUUUUAGAGUAUAAGGUCCAGUGGCUGUCAAAGUGGAGUCCGCAGACCACCAGGUCUCAUUCCAUGUGACGCAUGGGGUCCAGGCUAAAGUGAAAAAAGAUAAUACUACCACCUACUUCCAAUGGUAGAAAUAAGGAUGGGUGUCAGUUGUGCAAUUUUAUACUGAACCAUGAGAAAAAACCUUGUUACGUUAUGGCCCUUAGAGCCAAGACGGAAUCUGAACUGUGACCCCGAGCGGCGGGAAACCUCCAUGAAAACACCACAUGCAGUUUAAAGAAGAACAUUACUCCUCGUUGCACUUCUCACAGCAGACAUUUUUUUUUAACUUGUGGGAAAAUCACAAAUAUUAUAAAGUUAACAAAUCUCUUCAAGUGUUCCAAUAAACCACGGCAGUGCGCUUUUA